AUGAGCAUCUCCCUACCGCUGCACCCAUCUCCAAGCCAGAGGAACCGCGACAGCAGGAACUACUUCACAGGCGUCCACUCAGCAUCCGCUGCGGAGGCUAUCAAUGGCCCGGAGAGGGAGCCGGCCAAGGAGCCACCGCCGAUCAACGACCGGCUUAUUGUCGGUGUUGACUUUGGGACUACCUUCUCUGGGGUUGCUGCGGUCUACACGGGGACACCAGACGACAUUGAAAUCAUCAAGACAUGGCCCGGGGGGAACGGGAUCACCUCGGACAAGGUCCCCACCGAGAUAUCCUAUGAUCUACCCGCCGGUGCAGCACCAGGAACCGCCCCUACGGUGAAAUGGGGCUUCCAGUUUAGACCGGAGGAGUCCCGGCUCCGGUGCAUCAAGUUGUUUCUUGAUCGCUCGCAGAAGCUGCCUUUCUAUGUCAGCCCCCUGGAGACGGCCGCCCAGCUGAAGCGGUACAACAAGACUGUGGUGGAUGCCGUGAGCGACUAUCUGAGCCAGAUAUACAAGCACACCAUGGACACCCUCAGGAGACGAUACGGCGAGUCCUUCAUGGCCUCGACCAAGGUGGACUUUGUCCUAACAUGUCCUGCGGUGUGGUCUGAUGCGGCCAAGAACACGACCCUUCAAGCCGCCGAGAGAGCGGGCAUGGGAACACAGUCGCAGAUACAGAUGAUCAGUGAACCAGAAGCCGCUGCCGUCUACACUUUGAAGGCAAUACAGCCCAAUCAUCUGAAAGUGGGCGACAACUUUAUCGUCUGCGAUGGAGGCGGAGGCACGGUCGAUCUAAUAGCUUACAAAAUCGUCUCUCUUAAACCAAUUCGUGUAGAGGAGUCCGCCGUUGGGACAGGAGGUCUUUGCGGCAGUGCCUUCCUCAACUACAGGUUCGAAGAGCAUGUGAAGAACCGACUGGGCCAGAGCAGGUUUGACGAGAUGAAGACGAAGAAGGGGAAAACAUGGCAGAUGGGCCUCCGGUAUUUCGAGGAAUUUGUGAAGCGCAACUUCAACGAAGAUGAGCACCAGGAAGUGAACAUUCCAUUCCCUGGCCUCCCUGACGACGAAGAAGUCGGCCUCGACUCGGGAUUCCUCGUCAUGACAGGCGAGCAAAUCAAAGACAUCUUCGAGCCCGUGGUAAAGGAGGUCUGCGACCUGGUCCAGGGACAAGUGGACACUCUCCGCGCCAAGGGCGGCAUCGUCUCCGGCAUCAUCCUCGUCGGCGGCUUCGGCCAGAGCGACUAUCUGUACCGCAAAUUAAAGAGCCACUUCACCACCAGCGCCGCGCCGCCUCCGUACAGCGAAAGGCCGACGCAGUCCAACAUCGACCCGAGGGAACGACCGUCCAUCGAGGUGAUGCAACCGGUCUACGCAUGGACGGCCGUCGUGCGCGGUGCCGUGUUGCGCGGCCUCGAGGGCAACAUGGUGAUCUCGCGAAAGGCCCGGAUGCACUACGGCACGUCGUACGCUACCGUCUACGACGAGACGAAGCACUCGGUUGCCGAGCGGUAUUGGUCGCCCCUGUGGGAGCGCUGGAUGGUGUCGGAUCGUAUGCAGUGGCAUAUUGCCAAGGUCAGUUUACAUUAUUUCCCCCUCCCCGUCUUCUUAUUGCCCACUUCAGAUCAUUUGACGGGAUAUGAUGUACGACACCAGGGCGAAGCAAUAUCCCCGCUCCAACCCAUCGCCUUCCACUACACGCGCAACUUCCGCCCAGGCCAGUCGCUCAUCGUGACCGACGACCUCAUCGCCUGCGAGGCGGACGAGCCCCCCGCGGCGUACACGCGUGAUCUGGUGCAUGUGUGCACGCUGACUACGGACCUGAGCGCGGUGCCACGAUCGCUAUUCACCCGUCUCACCACCACGAGGGGUGUCGAGUUCGACAACUUGGAUUUCACGCUGGAGAUGAUUGUGGAUAGCGCCGGGCUCGGGUUUGAGUUGAAGGUGGAUGGGGUCCGGUACGGGCGGGUUGAUGCUGAGUUCCAUUGACGCGCUUGAUAUAUGUACUUGUACAUACACACGGACAGUGGAGCAUGGUGAGAGUGAUGGCGAUGGUGGUGGUAUUGUACACGACAUAUGUCGAUGCGACGGCCCCAUUGGCGUUGAAGGGGGUUGGUUAUAGCGUGGCCGAGUCUCGCUGUGCGCUUUUCAGGCUUAUAGAGAUUGAUGGUUGGUUGCUUGGGAGCUAACCUGGGGGCGUUGUAGGCAGUGUCGAAGCGUUAUUGUUGGCUAAUAGAAGCGAGUCAGGGGGUUGGUCAGCCGGCACAGAUAUCUAACGUUGUAUCAAGAAAAGGCGGAAUUCCGACAGCGAUGUCAUUCAAGUUCUCUGAGGAGACCU